AUGCAUUCUGUGUCUGAAACAGGCAACGAUAAUGCAAAAAAAUAUUUCAUAAAUAUUGACUUUGGUGCUGUCCCAGUUGGUUCUGUUCGUAAAAGAUCAAUCGAUAUAACCAACGAUUUAAAAAAGGUCACAACAUUUAAAGUAAAAAAUAAUAAUGAAUCUAUGUACUUGGCUGAUUCAAUCGAAUUUGAGCCAUCAAAAACUCAAAAAAUAUGUCCAAACAAAAAAGCAACUUUUACAGUUAUAUUUUCUCCGAAAUCUGAACUCAUACAAAAUACAUUAGAGUACUUCACACUAUUUUCGACAGACGAUCAAAUUAAAACGAUUAAUGACGAAGUUGCAGAGUGUGAAUCACUGCAGAGUGAACACGGUGAUGUCAAGACAAUACAAAAAGUCACAGUAUGCGUACAGGGAUCAUGUUACGGCCCAUCGGUGAAAAUAUCACCAACCAAAGUGUACAUGUGUCGAUCGGGAGGAGAUGGGCCAUCUAUCAAAUCCGUAAACCUAAUAAACAGUUCCAAAAUGCCUGGGCAGUAUCACGUGCAAUACGAUUGGGCGAAUUGUCCGAUAAAAUGUCAUCCGUCGUUUGGAGUCGUCCAAAAUCGUGUUCAGAUAAAAUUGGAACUGAAACCCGUUCAAAUUGGAUAUUACUACAAACGACUUUACAUUCUGAUCGCGUACCACCAUCCCGUUUACGUUGACAUAUACGCAUUUUCUGGUACAAUGAAAAUGGAUCCGUUUUCGUACUUCAGGUCACCGUUUGGACCAUUGCCGAAAUCCGAAAACAAAUACGCCGAAUUCUUUAAAGACGUCGCGCACCCAAAGAACGACAUACAACACCGAGUAACCGUGUUACCGAAAGAAUUACGAUUCGGUUACGUUAAGAAUGCAAAAUCCAUGGUCUUUAACGUACGCAAUGAUUCCGACACGCUACUUUACAUAAAUUGGAUACACGAACCCGGUAGUGAUAACCCGUUUGCAAUAAGUCCAAAACAGUUUUAUAUCGGUAGCCACGAUACGAAAAGGCUGAAAUGUGUUUUUCGACCAAAAAUCGUUCCGAAUAUUUACUUUGUCGAGUUCGAAGCAACCGUCCAUUUUGGAGCCGCCGACCCUCCACGGCCAUUGAAUUGUUACACUCAGUACGACGCAUUUCCGAAGCCCACAUAUGUCGCUCCGAUGAGCAUUUCAAUAACGGUCACCGGCCAUUCUUCCGAAAAUCCUUUUACCGGAUGGAAAUCGACAUGUAAACUCAAGAACAGCGUGAUAGUAAUGCCGCCGACUGUGCCGGCUUCUAAGCCCGAAUUUGCCACGCUGUUGAUUAAAAGAAUCGUCCAAGUGCCGACGACGUUUGAAUUACGACCGCCUAAUAAAUCAAUAUUCUUAGCAAAACCCAUGAUGGGAAUGAUAAAUAGCGAUUACCAAAUUGUAGUGUUUCAACUAAUGAAAACGAGCAAUAAAGAGUCGCUUUUCGCCGAACGUUGGAGCAUAGUGUUCGAUGGUUUCAAAAAUAAUUCGGUCACCAUAGACAUCUACGCGAGCUCGGAAUUCGGGUGCGUGACGAUCGGCGAGCGGAAUCGCGUGGAAGUGCCGAACGACGUGCAAGUGGGGUGCGAAAUGCGGGACGAGUGCGUACCGAUGGUCAAUACGACCAGACAUUGGUUGCGGUACUGCAUAGAUGUGAGCGGUGAGCAUCACUCGGUAAACAACGAGCUGAUGGAGCUGCCGUCCACUAAACGUCGUUAUUCGUGGUGUUCGUUGGUCGAGCAAGGAAUCGAUGACGAAGAGAACGGUGUCGAGACGGAAAACGACGUCGGAUCGGAAAACGGCGACGGAUCGGAAAACGGCGACGGAUCGGAAAACGACGGCGGAUCGGAAAACGACGGCGGGUCGGAAAACGACGGCGGAUCGGGAAAUGAUAACGAUGAUGGAUUGGAAAAAGACGCCGGACCAGAAAAUCAUGAUGCACCGGAAAAGCACGUCGGGCCGGAAAAUGACGCCAGAUCGGAGUGCGCCGAACCGGAGGGGGAAGGCGGACCUGAAGAUGACGACGAGAGUUCGUCGACAGUGACGAAUCGGAGCUAUGACAUGUAUUCAAUCACAUCUUCGAUGGCGUCUCCGACGAAGUUCGGACGACAGUCGUCGACGUGGCGGGCCGGACUUGAGAAGACGACGCCGUGGCCGUUCGUGUUUGAGUUCGAUGCGGUAGUCGGCGAAUUGGGACCCAACGAGAGACGCAACUUAGGGCUGUCGUUCCGCCCGACGGCGAACCUGACGUACACGGCCGACGCGACGUGCUAUUUAACGUGCGACCGCGACGACUAUCCCAAAAUCGUCAACGCGCUACCCGUCACCAUUGACGGCACCGGAUGCAGAACGCAGUUCCAGAUAACGCCAGAAAAUUGUUAUUUGAACAAUAUGAUAGUAAACGUGGAAAGAACACAACGGUUUAUAAUUGAAAAUAAAAAUCGUUCUUACGCAAACAUUAAAUUUGUUACAACUCCAGCAAGUUCUAUGAUUCGGCCUACACCAACUUGUAAAAUAAAUCCACAAACUUUUCGAUUCACGCCUCAGCAAUAUCAGUGUAAAAUGGAUUUAUCUAUGUACCCUACAGAGUUGGGAUUUCAAACGUUUUUCGUCAACAUACAGUUUGAUCCUAAAGUGGAAUCUUAUCCGGAAAACGAGAAUACAAUAACGGUGAGUAUGAACGUCAUAACGUGUGCACUGCAAAUCUUAAGAAUAUUUAACGACUCUAUACCUUAUUUCGGAAGAUUGACUUUGAACAAGCUUUUUCACUGCCUAAAGAUAAACAACGAACUCGGUGAAGUUUAUAAAAAAAAUAUAUCACCAUUAAUAUGGACUAUACCUGCAAUUUUUGAAUCGAGCACUUUUGACAUUCAGUUAUAUAAUUAUUCUAAAGUACCAAUUAGUUGGGAAAUAAAAUACAACGAAUGCAUAAAAUGCACAUCGGAGAACAAACACAAUAAUAAUAAUAAUCAUAAGAACUGCAUUACUCUUUCCAAUAAAUGUGUGCACUACAAGAGUAUAAGAAUCACUCCAACUGUAAACAUGAAAAUGGACAAUUUUUCAAAAAUGCAAAUUGAAUUAAACACAAUAGAUAAAGAUGGAGCUAAUUUGAAUUAUAAAUGGUCAAUUGGAGUUUAUAAAACGUUAUUUUAUAAUACUGAGUUGCUAAUAGAAACUAAAACGUUCAAAGACGGUUUGAUAUCGUUUGAUCCAAAAUACGGAACAACCGAACAAUUAGAAUUCAAUUUUUUACCAAUAUACAUAGCUCAUCCUAAUCCACCAGCACAAGCUUUUUGGAUGUAUAAUAGCAAUAAUGACAACAUAACAUAUUCAAUAAUUGAUGAUUCAUUAACACCCGCGCAUCCAUACUUCCGUUGUUUAAACCCAAGUGGAGUAUUCAACUCUAAAUCAGUACAUCCAAUACUAUUUGUAUUUUCACCCGACAGACUAUGUGCAUUUGAGGCUACAAUUAUGUUACUAACAAAUAGAUAUUACAAACGCCAAAUAACCCUUUUAGGACAAGGAGAAUCUUAUACCAGAACCACUAUUUCACCAGGGCAUAGCUUGUCAUCAUUUUUACCAAUUCAAAAUGAUAAACAAAUAUUUUUAUCAACAGAAAAUAUAAUACUUACACCAAUAUUUACAUUAUCAAAUAUUAAAUCCUUGUUUUGCCUUUAUAAUAACAGCGAUGAAGAAAUUAUUUACGAGUGGAAAAAGUGUACGGUCAACGACAUUUUAACAGCUAUUAUAUGUCCACUUAAAGGAAAUUUAAAAAAACACGGAAGUCAAGUAUUUGAAAUAUCCAUUACCAGUUUUAAUCAACCAGCUAUUUUAACAAUAAUGUUGAAUAUUAGCUAUAAGUUAGUUUCUGAAAUUGAAAAUUAUGAACGGUCGUUAAGAAACUAUAAUAUAAAUAAAGAAAGACUUGAAGGGUAUUUUAAAAUUGACGAAUGCGGCAAUUAUAAAUCAAAACUAAACAUGAAAAUAGAAAAACAGCCACAAGAAAAACAUUUAGUCUUAUAUGUACAUGUUAGAAUAAACGAUGAAUUUAGUAAAUGGAUAAAUGAAGCAAAAUAUAACAUAAAAAGGCACAAUUUUCAACAAGAGAAAAGAAUUAUAAAACAAAAAUUGGUCUGUUCGGAUAACUUUAAAAAUAUGCUAUGGGAUGUGGUGGAUAAAGUUUGUUCAAAAGAAAUUGAAAGUAAGCCAUUAUAUUAUCAUCAAUUGAAAAAUUCAAAACAAAACCAUCAAAACAAUAUAUCAAAAACAACUAAAAAUAACCUGGAAACUAUUUUAACAUCACUUAUUAGAGACAGUUUGAUUAGUAUAUACCCAUUAAAUACAUGGAAAUACUAA